AUGAAGUUUGUUUUGAUCGGAGAAGAAGAGGUAGGAAAAACGUCUCUUCUCAAGGCGUACUGCACCGGGUGCUUUUCCAAGGAAUAUGUUCCCACAAUUUUUGAUCACUUUGAGGUUUGUUCUACCACUUUCGGAUAAAAGAACCAAGGAAAAAUUUCAGACGAACGUCUCGGUCUGCAAUGAGCGGCACAUGCUCAGCUUGACGGACACUUCCGGGAAGUCAGAGUACGAACGUUUCCGUGUACUUUCCUUCCCAAAAACCGAUACAUUCCUUCUGUGUUUUUCCGUCGUGACCCCGGAAAGCUUCGAGAAGGUCAAAAGCAAGGUGAGAGCUUAUUUGACGACUACCGAAUCAAUUCCUACUUACUUUGCUGGUUCUUUUCAAGUUCGCUUUCUGACGAAUCGUUUUGCGCGUUGACGCGCCGUAAUCCUUGAAACCUUUGACAACAAAAAAAAAAUGGAAAAAUCUAAUAUCCUUUCCAAUCCAGAAAGUCCAAAACCACAAAAAUGAGCUACCGUGUCGUAGUUUCAGCUAGUCUGAUUUCUAUGAAUGUUGCACUUUUUCAUUGAAAUUUUUUCAGUUUGCGCCUGAAAUUAAGCAGCACUGCCCAACCGCUCGAAUCGUCGUCGUUGGAACUCAGGUUAUUUAUAACUUUGGUACACUGUAUUUGGCCCGAAUUCCGUUGUAAUGCAGUAUUUGAAAAUUUUUCAAGCGCGCGAUCGCAAAGCGGUCGUCCUGAAUUCUGGUUCAGCCUUUACAAUGCGUUUAUACCAUAUGAAUUAAAAUAAUUGUCAGCGGCUUGCAAAUAGGACUAAGAUUGCAACCGAUCGCGAGAGAAGUGCAAGAAAGAAUAGUUUUGUUUCAAGGAAAAAGUUUCGUACUCCCAGUGGACUAUUAUUACUUCAGGUUGAUCUUCGAGACGACGUGGACACUGUUGAGAAGCUCGCGAAGGACGGCUUGCGCCCUGUGGCCAAAACUGAUGGCGAGCAGCUCGCCCGUGAGCUUGGGGCGUUCAAGUACGUCGAGUGCUCGGCUCUCACCAUGGUAUUAUUCUUUAUUUUUGAAGGAACACACGGACUGUUAAUUUUCCAGCUUGGAGUCAAACAAGUUUUCCACGCUGCUAUUAUUUCCGUCUUCGAGCGGGAAUACGAAGGGUGCAACGUGGAGAAGACGACCAAAUGUCGUUGCACGAUCUCAUAA